CCAGGACUGCGUGGGAUGGAGUCAGCCGUACGUAGAGCCGUAGAGGCGGAUCGCGGUGUCAUGCGUCGUGAUUGUUAGGUAUUGAGGUGAAAAUAUCAGUGACAAUUUUCGAUGAAUUUACCAAAGGAAAACCGUUCAGCGUGAUUAAUAAGAGCCUUCAAGAACAGCACAAUGACGAACAAAGUCAUCCGUAUAUUUUUCAUUCGGUUUAUAACCUUAAGCGUCACUGCGGCGAUUGGUGCGUAUGCGAACGAUGUGUCACACACCGAAGUCAAGACUGAGCCACAGCUCCGGUGGUAUUUUGUCGAAAGAAUACAUCCCGAGGAAUCCACCUUGAAUAAUAACAGAGUAAAGAGAACAAUCGAAAAACCUUUCGACGAAGUGGGGAUAAAACUAAUUGAUGAACCAGAUUGCAAGCAAGAUUUACACCGCCUUUGCGGUAAAAUGGUCACAAAUGAUGAUGAUUUGUUUGUACUCGAAUGUGUUCAAACAUUUAAGGCAAAUGAAAUAACAAGCCUGAACGAAAAAUGUCAGCAUGCAAUCUGGAAGCACAUACAGAUUUUAAUAGAUGACAAACAUGUAAAAAAUUCAGUAACUGAAGUCUGCGGGCAGGACUUAGAUCGGUUUGGUUGUCAAGUUACAUCACAAGUAGGAACAUAUUUGGCUUGUAUUGUUGAUAAGCGAGAUGAAAUUGUGAAGCCACUAUGUCAGGAAUAUGUUCAACGUCUCGAGUGGGUCGCUUUCAGUGAUUACAAAAUCGUAACCCAUGUUGAGAAGGAUUGCUCAGCUGAAAUACACGAGUUUCACUGUGGUAGAAUACAGCCUUAUCAAGGGCAAACGCUAGCCUGUCUACAGCAGUAUUUAGAUAAAUUAGGGCCGCUAUGCAAAAAACGAAUUUUACACGUUUCGGAGGUCCAGGGCGACAACGUUAAGCUUGAUCGCCAACUGUACAUGGCUUGUACACAAGAUCACAUCAAUUUCUGUCCUCAUAUUAGGCCAGGGAGUGGCCACGUAUACAAAUGCCUCAUGCAGUUCAAAACUGAUAGAGCUAUGACAAAACAAUGCCAGGAUCAGUUGACUAGACGUGAAAAAUUGAUAGCAUCGGAUUAUAAAGUAAGCAAGGGCUUAGUCAGAGCAUGCAAAGAAGAUAUUAAGACUUACCAUUGUCGCCGAUCAGUGUCAGAAGAUAAAGACAUCAGAUUAUCUCAAAUCUUGUUGUGCUUGGAAGCAGCUGUGAGAAAUACGAGUAAAAUAUCAGCUGAUUGUCAAUCGGAGAUGUUUGAUCACAGAAAGAUUCUUAUGGAAGAUUAUAGAUUGUCUCCAGAAAUAGUCAGCGAUUGUGGAAAUGAUAUACAGAAUUUCUGCAACGGACUCGAGGUUGGUGGUAAAACCAUACAUUGCUUGAUGGAACAUACAAGGUCCAGGAAAAAAAAAUUGCGAGUAACACCCAACUGCCAAAGAGCGCUGGAAGGAUUAAUCAAAGAAGUCGAUGCAGGUGAAGAUUGGCGUCUAGACCCAGUACUACAUGACGCUUGCCGAUCGGUUGUUGAUGUAGCAUGUAGAGAUGUUCGUGCUGGUGAUUCCCGAGUAAUAUCUUGUCUGAUGGACAAACUUGGCACGACCAUUAUGACUGUAGAAUGUGAAGCAGCAUUGGUACAAAUACAGUACUUUGUGGCCAGAGAUUUUAAGCUUGAUCCACAGUUAUAUAGGGCUUGCAGAGCAGAUGCCAAUCACUUCUGUAAUGCAAAAAAAUCUUGGACUGCUGAUGGCACUCAAACAGAUCGUGAAAGAGGCGCUUAUGUGCUGCCAUGCUUGUACAGAUACGCUGAUCAUCCUCAAACCAAUAUGACUCUCAAGCGUGCUUGUUUGGAUGAAAUCAAAAGAGUAAUGCGACAGAGGGCCUUGACUGUAGACUUACAGCCUGAGGUAGAAGAAGCUUGUCUAAACGACCUGUCAUUGUAUUGCUAUGACAAAACAGAAAAAGGGAAAGAAGUUGAGUGUCUCCAAGAUAAUUUGGACAGUUUAGAACAGAAGUGCAAAUCAGCUGUUGGUAAUCUGACUGAGGAACAAGCUGAACACGUUGAACUCAACCCAGUCAUAUCAUCGGCAUGUGAACAUAUUAUGGAAAAGCAUUGCGAGGUGGAACUAAGAGCUGGGCGAGACGAAGGUGAUUUAAUGGAAUGUCUGAUUGAGCACAAAAAUGAUCCAGACUUGAGAAAAGAUUAUAAAUGUCGAGCUGCAGUGGAACACUUUCAGUUGUUAUCUUUGAAGAACUAUCGGUUUACUUACAAGUUCAAAGAAGCUUGUCGUCCACAUGUUGUACGGUGGUGCCCAACAUCUAAAAUUAAGGCUCAAGUUAUCCAAUGCUUAAGCACUAUGGUCCAAGAAGAUAUAAUACAAGAAAAAUCACAUCGAAUUCCUAAGGAAUGUCGACAGCAACUAAGAGCCCAAUUAUAUCAACAAAGAGAAAACAUCAAUUUUGACCCUGUUUUGCAAAAGGCAUGCUCCGCAGACAUCCAAAAAUUGUGCUCAGAUAAGACACCAGGAAAUUCGCAAAUUUUAGAAUGCCUGGCUUCAAAUAAACAGUUUUUAUCCGACGAUUGUCACAAAAAGUUGUUCAAUGUCAGGAAGCAAGAACUGCGAGAUAGUUCAAGCGAUUUUGCUCUUUUGAAUAAAUGCCAUGCCAUGUUGCGGCAGUAUUGCCACGAAGAAAGUCAGUCUCAGGCUUUAACUUGCUUGAAAAAGUUCAAAGAUGAGCGAACUUUCGAUGAUGGUUGCAAGGAUAUUGUCAUUCAACGAAUGAUUGAACAGAAUACAGAUUAUAGGUUUAAUCCGAAGUUGCAAUCAGCAUGUUCUUCGGAUAUUGACAAACAUUGCAAAAACGUGUUGAAAGCCAAUUCCGCAGACAAAGAAUUACAAGGAAAAGUAAUACAAUGUUUGAAAAACAAAUUCCGAGACGAUAAGCUCACAGAUAAGUGUGAAGAAGAAAUGGCAAACAUUUUGAGAGAAGCUGCACUCAACUAUCACCUCAAUCCUUUACUUGCAACAAUGUGUGCUCAAGAGAUUCAAUCGAUUUGUGGCGAAGAAGAAAAUACACCAGGUGCAGUCGAAGAGUGUUUAAAAAAUAAAUUCAACUCUGGAGACACCCAGAUGCACGAAGAGUGCAGGAUGGAAGUUGCGUACCUCAUCGAACAAGCAAAAGCUGAUAUAAAUGUAGAUCCACUUUUACAAAAAGCAUGCUCUAUAGAUGUCAGUAAAUUCUGCAGCGACAUACCUCAAGGAGCUGGCAGGCAUAUCUUGUGUUUGCAAAAUGUCCUCAAUGAUGAAAAAAUAUCGCUUCAGCCAGACUGCUUUAAAAUGCUGUCUACCAGAAUAGAAAUGUUUAGAAAUGCCGCUGAGCUUACAGCACCGAAGAACAUAGAAGAACUUUACUCAACUGUAAUAAAAAAAUCCCCAGCGAAAAGAUAUUUUUUGAUUGUUGCGUCAACGGUUAUUGGAGUUGCUUUUAUCACUGGUAUGUUCUGUGGGAAGGUGACAAGGAGAACAAUGGUAAUGAAAAAUAAAUAAUCUACUCGACAAAUAAGGUAACUUCUGCGAAAUUGACUAGCUAAUAACUGUCAUAGCUGAAAGCAUUCGUCGCUUUAAGAUGACGUCGGAAUUUUAUUUUAACAGAUCUAUAAAAUAAUGGUUUAUCAACGAAAGAAGUUUCAAUUCGCAAAUAGUCUUAUUCAAUUGUUUGUAACGUUGCAUUUUAUAAGAUGAUUUUAUAUUCUUAGAAAAAACUGUAAAGAGUGAAAAAAGGAAGAAAAAAAAACUAAUUUCGUCGGUAAAAAGUAUAAUUUUUAAUUAUUACAUUUCGAGCGUGAAACAAUAGUCAUUCAUAAUGCAUGGAAGAAUCUCGCGUAUUUUAAAAUUUGAGCUUCCCAUAGAGCUUUGAUGUCACUAUUUUGCAGCAAGCCAUUAUACUAACCUAUGCAAAAUUUAACUUUCUCGAAUAGCUCUCAUAUUAUCAUCAAGUUGGCUACCAAAAAGCAUUAAUUUUAACUAUGUAUAUCUGCAGUAUACAUCACCCUAUCGAAUGUGAGCAAUUUUUUUUUCAAACGGAAGUACAGGUCGUCUAUUCGGUCUAGUUACACUGUAUGUUACAGAAAGUGAUGUAUCAGAAAAUGAAUUUGCAUAUAACAUAAUUGAAUUUGCUACUAAUUAUUAAAGUGUAUCAAGAGUUGAAACCAAUGUUUUCGUUAUGGUAAUGCUAAUUUCAGGUUACCGAAGAACCAUUUCAAAGGACUGCGACUAAAUUCUUUUUUUUUUUCAAUUUAACAUUGCGACUAGACUGAAUAGAAAAACUGCAAACAGUAUAAUAAAAAAACACAUUCAUUCAAGAGUUGAAAAAAAAAAGAAAGAAAUUUGAAGUUGCAAGUGCAACUGUCCGUGUUGAACAUUUUUAUUGUUUAUUCACAAGCCGCUUAUUGAAAAUUCAAUACAGUGAAACUUCCAAAUAGUCGAUAUCUUCGGUACUAAAAAUAGUGUCCGUUAUUAAGGAGUGUCUGCUAUUCAGAAGAAUAUUAACAUGUAAAUUAUGCUUCUGGAGAUUUUUAGACUGUCCGUUAUAAAGAGGAAUCUGUCGCUGGGAGGUGUCCAUUAAGAGAAGUUUCACUGUAUAGUGUAUAGCUGAGGCUACUAACAUACCUGGAAAGUUUCCAGAAAUCUGGCGAAUAAAGGCUUUAUAAUCUCCAAAAAUAAACAUAAACCCAGUACUAAUGCACGGCUUCGUAAUGAAGUGAAAUUUUUUUUUUAUUAAGCGUUAACAUAUAUAGUAAACAUUUAGUAAUUACUUUUAUACAGAUAUCUAUUCGCAUACAAUUACAAACAUCAGGGCACGAUUGAUUUGAAAUAAUUGUACUAAUAAUUGGUAUGGCAUAAUGUUGGACUAUGAGCUGAGUCGGGGGGGGGGGGGAUAUAUAUAUAUAUAUAUACAUGAACAUUCGAAACUACUGUGUGAUAUAAAUGGUUACUUUGUGCUAGUAUCGAAAGAUUAGCACGACGAAGUAAUAGAUAGGCUGACCAAUCAAAUGUACGGCGCAACAACUCUUGCCCGUUGGUGAGUUGUAUAGAUUAUAAUAUUGUAAUUUACGUUAUAUUAGUAUUAAACAUUGUAUAAAUUUCUACUAUAAUGAUUAAAGAAUAAACCAUUUGAUGAAUG